UUUAAAGAUCGAGCUAUCAAAAUGUCUUGCCUGAAAUAUUUACUACUAUCGCUUGCCAUUUUCAUUUACCUGGAUCAAACGGAUGCCGUUACCUGUGAUGUGGCCCCACUCGAUGCGAAUUGCAUUAAUUGUCUACUCUAUCCCACCAAUACCGAAUGCUUGGCCAGGUAUUUGUCAACGAGCAGCACCACAGUAGCCCCAAGAGGCAGAGGACGUCGACGACUUCGUAGAUUCUUCAAUAGGCUUGUAAAUCGCAUUAAUCCUAAGAGUUGGUUCUAAAAUAAAUAUUUUGAUUGAAUUGUAACUGACAGCAAUACGAAUGGUUCAAAAUUAAAGAGC